GGGAAGUCUGGGCAUUUCCUUGAACUUCAGGAACGCAACCAGCAGCACUAGACCAGAGCGACUUCGAACUAACGGUUGUGCACCAGGAGCAAGAUAAGCAGCGAGGGCUUUAACUUGCCGGGUUUUCGAAUGAUGUCCCAGCAAUGGCAACACAGUCCAUGCUGCAGGAUCGGAUCAGAGAGGCCCAGGACCUGCUGGGGCGGGUGGAGCAGCUGUGCGGCCAGCAGCCCCGGAGCGUGGAGGGCCGGGCCAAGCUGUGCAGCAAGCUGCGCGCCGAGCUCAAGUUCCUGCAGAAGGUGGAGGCGGGCAAGGUGCUGAUCAAGGAGUCCCACCUGCAGAGCACCAACCUCACCCACCUGAAGGCCAUCGUGGAGUCGGCCGAGAGCCUGGAGGACGUGGUGGGCGUGCUGCACGUCUUCACCUACGAGGGCCCCGGCGGGCACAAGCAGACGCUGGUGGUGGACGUGGUGGCCAACGGCGGCCACACCUGGGUGAAGGCCAUCGGGCGCAAGGCCGAGGCGCUGCACAACAUCUGGCAGGGGCGGGGCCAGUACGGCGACAAGAGCGUGGUGCGGCAGGCCGAGGACUUCCUGCAGGCCAGCCGCCAGCAGACCGUGCAGUACAGCAACCCCCACAUCAUCUUCGCCUUCUACAACGGGGUGUCCAGCCCCAUGGCCGACCGGCUGCGGGAGAUGGGCAUCUCCGUGCGCGGGGACAUCGUGGCCGUCAACUCGGUCGGCGGGGUGGACGAGGGCGGGGCCCGGGAGGAGGGGAGCGAGGACGAGGAGGACGGCAGCAGCGGGGGGGAGGGAGAGGAGGGCGGCGGGGACGAGGAGGGCCAGGGGGAGGAAGAGCACGACGAUGAGGACGACGAGGACGCCCUGCACACCAGGGUAGACCGGGCCACCGUGGUGGCCAGCCUGGCCUUCCCGACGGAGGUGAAGGUGGACGUGUGCAAACGGGCCAACCUGGACAUCACCACGCUCAUAACCUACGUGUCCUCGCUCAGCCACGGCAACUGCCACUUCGCCUUCCGGGAGCAGGUGCUGACGGAGCAGGCGGCCCAGGAGCGGCAGGAGAAGGUCCUGCCCAAGCUGGAGGAGUUCAUGCAGGGCAAGGAGCUGUUCGCCUGCCAGUCGGCCGUGCACGACUUCCGGGUGAUCCUGGACACGCUGGGGGGCCCCGGGGAGAAGGCCCGGGCCGAGGAGCUGCUGGCCCGCCUGCGGGUGGUGCCGGACCAGCCCUCGGACCGCACCCUCCGCCUGGUCACCAGCUCCAAGGUCAACCGCCGCUCGCUCACCAUCUUCGGCACCGGCGACUCGCUGCGCGCCGUCACCAUGACGGCCAACAGCGGCUUCGUCCGGGCCGCCGCCAACCAGGGCGUGCGCUACACCGUCUUCAUCCACCAGCCGCGCGCGCUCACCGAGGGCAAGGAGUGGAGGGCCACGCCCAUAUGAGGGGGGGUGGGGGUGGGGGUG